CGUGGUUAAAAGAUAUAAUAAUAUGUUAAGACUUUUUGUUGUUUUGUCACAUAUUUUCAAUCUUCCCUCGGGAACUACUUAAGAAAUCGGGAUAAAAGGUAGCCUAUGUUCUUUUCCAUGUCAAUGGCUAAAUGCAUGCCAAAUUUCAUCCAAAUCUGUUUAGCCGUUUUUACGUGGUUGAGUAACAAAAAUAAAACAUCUACACUUUCACAUUUAUAAUAUCAGUGAGGAUACUAAGGAUAUUAAAACUCCAUGUCAAAGGCGGGAAAUGACAAUUUCUGCAACAAACAGACCAGCCUUCUGAUCACGACAUACCGUAGCUGACAUAGACAUAGCUGAUGUCAACAUAGAGUUUUUCGAACGUUUUAUUUUAAUUAAUUAAUAACUGUUUUACAGAUUGCGAACAAUGUUCUGACUACGUCUACGAAUAUUGCGCUAUCCAUGGGCAUUUAUUGGUCAUACCAGAUGAUAAGGUACCUGUGAGAACUAAAUACCCAUCGUACGUCCCUCGGGCCGCUCUGACUAUACCACACGUAUUUCUGCACCUUGCACCGUCUGUUAUACCAGGUGCCGGUCUUGGCGUAUUCAGUACACUAACUUUGCCUCGCGGCGUCCGCUUCGGCCCGUACCGUGGAAAACGAACACAAGAAGUCGAAUCUAUGUAUUGUUGGCAGAUAUACGAUCGCAACAACAAGCCUAUGCACGUGAUAGACGCGGCGGACAGCGGCCGCUCCAACUGGCUGCGCUACGUCAACUGCGCGCGACACUGGCGCGAGCAGAACCUGCUGGCCUACCAGUACCAGGGGGAACUGUACUACCGGACCAUAAAAACAAUUCCUAGAUUCACGGAGCUCUUGGUGUUCUAUGGGAGCGAGUUCGCGAAUGUUCUAAACAUCAAUAUAAACAAAUACAACUGCGAUAAGUACUACAGAGAUCUACAACUAUCUAGUACACCAUUCACAAUACAACCUCAUAGGAAUAAUCCAAACAACCUUCCAAAAGCAAUUAUUUGUUCUGAAAAGGAAAAUAUCGUAUUUGAUUCCAUUGAAAACAAAAAUAAUAAAGAAAACAUUAAUAUUGAAGAAACAAUUUAUGACAUCGAAAAUGUUGACAACCCAUAUAACAUUAAUAUAAAAGGCGAUACUAUCAAAAUAGAAUUUAAACGAAACAAAGAAAUAAAAUACACUUGUGAAAUCUGUCAAAAAACUUUCAAUACUAAAAGCAUUUUAAAUCGCCAUAUUAAAAUUCAUGCAAAAAAUCGUGGAGAAAAUCAACUUUCAUAUCAAAAAUGUGAUAGGUCUACUAAUAAUAUAGAUAACUUUCAGAAAAAUUGCCAAAAGCGUGAAAGAAGAAGUUUUUAUACAACGCCAAAAAAAUGUGAACAAUGUCACUUUGAGACUCUAUCUCGUAAGGUUCUCCAGACUCAUAGAUCUAAACACAAAGGAAAUAUUUAUAAAUGUCAUCAUUGCGAAUACAGUAACCACUGUAAAUUUAAUCUGUCAAGGCAUAUUUAUAAUAAACAUAGAAAUUUGUUCUAAUAAAGCAAAAAAUAUCAAAUUUUACUCAACUGGUUUCAAGUACUGUGGGUCUACCACCACGUCUUAAAUUAAUAUAACUGCGGGUCUGUUUGUUAACACCACUGUCAUACAAAGAAAUCUAGUAUCAAACUAAGCAUAGCUUGUAUUUUGAUUACUAGACAACUGAUAAACAUACUUAUGUAUUUUUAGAUACAUAUUAUUGCUUAAUAUACUUACAACCUGGUCUCAGACUUUAAGUCCAUAGCCGUAGGACUCUAUCGUGAAAUAACACACCGUUUAAAAAAAUCUCACGUGUUCCUGUUUCCUCCUGAUGUUUUUCUCGCCCUUUUUAAGAAGUGGUUGGUUAUAUUUAAAUGAUGCAACGGUUUACUCUCGCCUUUAAUCGGGAUUGUUCGACUCACUCGGCCGCCGCCGCGUCUGCUCAUGUUUAAGUAAGGGUCUGAAACUAGUCGGGAAAUCCCGAUGCAUCAUUUGAUUUGAGUUUUAUGCAUAAAAUGUAUGGAUUAAGAAUAAUUUAAUAGAUUCGUAUCUAAACACUGAUUACCCAAUUAAUUCUUGAAUAACAUUGAUGUCAUCAAAGUCGAUUGUGAUUUGUAUAUUAUUAAGAAGUUUAUAGAAUUCAAGGCAAUUU